UUAUUUUCUUCUCCCAUCAGCCUCAAUACUCUGUUGUAGUCUCGUAUGCUUUUCUUAAAAUUUCACGUCCGCCUAUGAUGGAAUUUCCCUUAGUAUUUCGUUGCUUCAUGCCGGAUUUUACUUGGCCAAACCAUGUCUCACAUGCAGUGACUGGCCAAAUACCUGAAACACCUCGCGCAACGCACCCUCAGGUACGACGAUUAUGGGGCAUUUUCCACAAAUUUCUGAGGCUAUUCUCUCAAUACUAUUGCAGCUGGUUUGGGGUUACGUACGAUAAUCAGAUUGCUCAGCUUCCAUUCGGUCUGAUCCUGAAGUGGUCUGAUGGCACCCGGUUGGAAGAAGUCUUGACUAUGGAGGUUGCCAGAAGAGCAGGCCUCCCAGUUCCGAGGGUGAUCUGCUACGGGGAGCAUCCAGAUAGUCCGCAUGCUCCAGUGUCGAUUCUGAUGACUCGUAUUCCUGGCGAUGAACUUGGCAGAGUUUAUGAAACGCUCAGCGACACUGAACGAGAUUCAAUCCAAUUGCAAUUAAAAGGUUAUUUGGAAGCGAUGCGAAGAUGGAAAAGUCCAUGGGGGGGAAACAGAGUUUGCUCUUUGUUAGGCACGGCUAUCAGGAGUGUCCGCAUACCUAAUCAUCUCGCUGGCCCUUUCGAAUCGGAACAAGAGUUCAACGAAUACCUACUGAGACCUGCUUGGCCUGGCGCAUUUCCUUCGGAAACGGAAUACAACAAUGCACUUCAUCGUGCCAAAAAAAUGGAAUCAGUGCCUCAUCGUAUUGUUUUCACGCACGGCGACCUCAAACACCAUAACAUUCUCGUACGAAAUGGACAAAUUACAGGUUUUUUGGAUUGGGAGUCAGCAGGCUGGUGCCCUGAGUAUUGGGACUUCACGACAGCGCUCAGGUUCACUCGGGAAGAUUUCUGGUGGUACAACUUCGUGGUCGGUCUUGGGGGUGGUCAAUAUAUGGCAGAACUGGAUUGUGAACGCGCGUUGACUUCUUUAACAAGCUCUUCGUAUUACUGGUGAUAUGGAAUUAGAAAAAGACUCAGGCCUCUCAG